AUGUCGAGCUACGAAGACGUGGUGUUGCUCUAUUACGGCGAUUCUCAAGCCUGCCCCAGCCUCGAGAACCUUCUAGUGAACCCUGAUCUAAGUGACCCUUGCCUGAAGAAGGUUAAUGGCAUCCUUCUCCUCCAUCACACCAAUAUGAACGAUAUUCUAAUUGUUCGUGAGAAGGCUCCUGGCGGCUGUUCAAUUCCGAGAUUUGCGCAACUCUUCCAUGUUGAGCCCUACGCAUUAGCCCUCGAACUGAACUUCACUGACGCACAUCCAUAUCUGAAGCGUCUCCUAGCUCUUGAUCUCCUUGCCAGUCUUGUCAUCGUCUACUUUAGCAAGGGCGUAUUCGAGCUUACUGCCGCCUCUGUACCAGCGAGGGGACUGGGCGGCAGCGGGACAACAGUGGGCUUGCCUCAUCAAUUUGAGAGUCUCGAAUUUAUAAAUCUCGGCGACCUGAAGGCUAUAGCUUCCGAUGCACCUCUGAUACGAGAUAGAGCUUUCAACGCGAUCUAG